AUGGUGGAGGCACAAACAUGGACGACAAGAAGAAUGAGCAAUCCGAGAUUACUAUCACUAGACACAAACGACCAACUUCUAGACAUUCCGGCAACACCACCAAGUGAUCAAAGAAACAAUAAUCACAACAACAACAUCAUCGGAUCCAACAAUUUUCUAACAACGUCAUUCAUAAUCGCGUCAUGGUACUUUUCAAACAUCGGCGUUCUUCUUCUCAACAAGUAUCUCCUCAGCUUCUACGGUUACCGUUUCCCUAUUUUUCUCACAAUGCUCCACAUGCUAUCUUGCGCUGCAUAUUCCUACGCCGCCAUUAAUCUUCUUCAAAUCGUUCCGUUUCAGCAAAUCCAUUCCAAGAAACAGUUCCUCAAGAUCCUCGCGCUCAGCGCUAUUUUCUGCUUCUCAGUUGUUUGUGGAAAUACCUCACUCAGAUAUCUUCCUAUUUCGUUUAAUCAAGCAAUCGGUGCAACGACGCCGUUUUUCACUGCGAUUUUCGCUUUUUUGAUUACCUGCAAAAAGGAAACCGCUGAGGUUUACCUUGCUUUGUUACCGGUUGUUUUAGGGAUUGUUAUUUCCACGAAUAGCGAACCGAUGUUUCAUUUGUUUGGGUUUUUGGUUUGUGUCGGUUCAACUGCUGGGCGCGCUUUGAAGAGUGUUGUUCAAGGGAUUAUAUUGACUUCUGAUUCGGAGAAGCUUCAUUCUAUGAACUUGCUUCUUUAUAUGGCUCCUUUGGCUGCUUUGAUUCUGUUACCGUUUAGUUUAUAUAUUGAAGGCAAUGUGUUUGUGAUAACGCUUGAGAAAGCGAGAAGUGAUCCUUUUAUUGUGUUUUUGCUGGUUGGGAAUGCCACUGUUGCGUAUUUGGUUAAUUUGACUAAUUUUCUUGUUACCAAACAUACUAGUGCUUUGACGCUGCAAGUUUUGGGGAAUGCUAAAGCUGCUGUGGCUGCUGUUGUUUCUGUUUUGAUAUUCAGAAAUCCAGUUACUGUCAUGGGGAUGACUGGGUUUGGGAUUACAGUAAUGGGUGUUGUGUUUUACAGUGAAGCAAAGAAGAGAUCCAAAGGUGCAUCUCAUUGA